AUCAUGACAUAAAGUCGAAUUUGUGAGAGAAAAAGUCAUAUUAUGACAUAAAAGUCAUAAUAAAAAUGACAUUUUUUGACAUAAUGUCGAUUUUCUAUAUCACAAUUAUGACUUUAACGUCAUAAUUUCUAUUUUUUUUCUGUCAUAAUUUCGAUUUAUCUCAUAAUGUCGAGUUUUUAUAUCACAAUUAUGACUUUAAUGUCAUAAUUUCUAAUUUUAUCUCAUAAUUAUGAUUUUCUUUCUCUCAUAAUUUUGAAGUCAUACACGUGUGUAAAUAUAUUAAUGAAAAAUAUUUGAGAUUUAAAUUAUUUCUCUUGAAAGAGUUUUUUUUUUUUUUUGUCUGAUAUUUUUUCAGUUGGGUUUUACAUUUUAGUUUAUCAAACAGUAAUUUGUUAGUUAUGAACGAAGCUGUUUUGAACGGUUUUAUAUUUGCUCGGUGUGUGACGUCACAUUGAGCGGCAGCCUCCAAAAACGGAUCAGAAAGACUCAAGAAUCACACAAAGCGCACCCCAUUUAGCGCAGAAGAAGAGUACUGUCCGUGAAUAACUGAAUACCCCAAACUUUGAGAAAAAUAAGACCGUAUAGUGCAAGCAACGAUGCAGAAUCGAAAGGGAAGUGCGGUCAUGUGGAGUCACGUAUGUCUCUACUCUUUUUCAGGAGUCAUUGUUUUAUUGGAGAAAGCGGCACUUGUACUGUGCUUCACGCACUACCUCUGGACGGGAAAAGAGCUGCUGGCCUGGUUGACGCUGGGUCUGUGUUGGCCUGUCACGGCUGUGCAGCUGCUCAGUCUGAAGUGGUACAACAUUACUGAUGCAGAAAGAUGCAAGCCAUCACUCAUUCUUGUGCACUGCCUGCAUCUGGGCAUCUAUCACAGGUUAUGGAGCUGCAUGAAGUCUGAAGGUGGGCAGCUUAAGUUUGGUGCAUUACUAAUGCAGCAGGCUGAUGUGUCUGCUCUGUGUCUGAUCGAGGCUUUGACGCUCAGCCUUCCUCAGAGUCUACUGCAGACCUACAGUUUAUUCACGCUUCACCCUGGCUUUCUGUCACCAGUGGCUUUAUGUGUCGGGCUGAGUCUGCUGAAUGUGUCCUGGUUUCUGGUCCUGUUCAGCCAUUCAUGCUUUCUGCUCCGUCCUGGACACCUGCACAUGACUCCUGCUGCAAUGCUGUGCCAGCUCAUAUGGAGAGGGGGCAUGCUGGGUGCCAGGGUGGCCAGCCUUAUGUUCUUCUGCAGUGCGUUUCACUGGUGGUUCUCUGGAGUCGUGGGUUUCCACUGGCUCAUUAUGACAUUCUGGCAAGUGUCCCAGCAGACAGACAUCUGCAUUAACCGUAGUUCCUGGCGUCUCUUCAACUUAAUCUUGGGGGCUAUGCAUGUUUUCCUGUUCCUUAAUGUUAAAGACGGUCCCUCGCGGUACCGCAUGACUGGGUUCUAUUUGUUAAUGUUGCUGGAGAACACGUUCCUUCUGCUUCUGGCGUCGGACUCGCUCAGGAAGCCUUCAUGGGACAGCAUGAGUAUUCCUGUGGCUGUCUUAUGCAGCUUCUUUAUCGGUGUCAUUUUUGUUGUUCUUUACUACCGAUUUCUUCAUCCAAAAUCCACUGAGAUCCUCCAGAGUCUGAGACUCCAAAUGAGCUUGACAACAGUUGACAGAACAACGGAUGGAGACUGCAAGGACACGACACUUGAAUCCUCCACACACAAUCAUGGCACUUUCUCAGUGACCGAUUUUGCUUCUGUGAAACAUGCAGGAGGCUGUUCUGAUCAGCCUCUAGAGGGCGACUGGCACCAUCAUCGUAUGUUAAUACACCUGGCUCUUAAAACUGGAAACACAGACAAGAUCAACUGCCUUUAUGGAGACAGAGGGCUUUCAGUCAUCCUUGGGAAUGAUGAUGCACCUGACACAGACUCUGGAGGGAACUGUUGUAACCAGCCCUCAGUGGAAGCAGGUGAACGAUCUGAAAGCUGUCCGGUUGAAAACAGAGAGGGGUUUUCUGGUGCUGAAGUCAGACAGCAGUCUCCAGAGAAGGGUGGGGUGUAUGACACCUGUCCCGCAGACUGCAGUAGUACUGUUUACUUCAGUGCAGAACCCCACUCCUCUUAUAGUGUUGGCGAUUCUACCUUAGAUAAAGAGAAUAUGGCUGUGAUCAGUCCCAUUAUGAAUGGAGCUGCACUGAUCUUGACUGCUAAACAGCUGUUAAACAGGAACCCAUGUUAUACCUCAACUCCAAUACCAGACCUCAAAACAAUGCACAGUACAAGUCCUCGAUUAGCAGGGGCUCGAAGACAGGUACAUUUUUAAUAUUAAAACAGGCAUACUAUAAAAACGUGAAUUAUUUGGGAUAAAGCUAGUAAACAUUAUCUGUUUAUUAUUGGCACAUAUUAUAACCACUAUAAGCUGCUGAUCUAUAUAUCUGUAGUUUGGUACAUUUAGUUAUAAGCUUAGUGAAUUAAAACCGGUUUACAUUUAUUACUAUUAAGUUACAGAUUUUACUUGCUGCUCUUUUUUUCCAUCUGUUUUACCAUAAUGUUUGAUACAUUUUUAUGAUUUAUGUAUAUUUUUUAAUGUCUAAUUUUAUGUUUCAUGUGUAUUUUAUAUAUAUAUAUAUAUAUAUAUUAUCAGGUACAUGUGUGUAAAGGGAAGACACUCUAUUUUAAAAUAAUUGUAUUUUGAUUAAGCUGUGGAGAAAAAAAGUUUUUUAUAUAUAAUUUUAUAGUUCAGUGUCGAAAUAAGGCGUUUGGUCCUGAAAAAAAUCGUUAAAGGUACUCUAUGUAACGUCCCCCCAAAAGUAAUCAAAUAGUCAAUACAUCUAUCCUUUCAAAACAUGUUUUUGUCUCACCCUGAUUCACUAUAGUAAGUGUUUAUAUUUUUGACCUGACGGGAUGGUUUUCGCGGGAAAUUGCGUACGUACGGCACUCGCCGUGAAAAGUUGCUCUGGCUGCUUUGACGCUUGUAUGGAGUGGGAGAGGAAUAGGUUGACAUGGUGCGCGCUUAAAUCUCUAACCUCCGGGGAAUUACCCGUUAAAAAAAACGCCGGACAAAGGAGUACGCCUGGCAAAAAGAGAAAGCGACAUAGCUCGUUAUAAAACGAGAAUGGCUUGUGAGAACAGGGAUGUGAAAUGUUGUAAAAGCGACGUCGAGAUGGCGUUUUUAUUACUCCACAGGUUAGUAAGGUAUUUUAUUGAACAGAUAAAUUGCCAUAUGUAGCUCUCUAACAUUGUAAAGCAUUGUGAAAAGUCAUUUAAUUAUGGUUAUUGUAGCGCUGUGCUUAAGUUUAUUUUCAAGGUACUCUGUCUAUUAAUGGGUAUAGAUACAGUAACGCCCUCAGCUAGUCAGGCUUGAGAUUAUUUACAUUUAAAUUGUUUACAUCUCUUAAACCUCAAUGUUUUAUGAGCAGUUGGAUAACCAUAUUCAUCCACACAGUCACGCAGAGGUGAAGCACAACCAAAACAAUGUUCUUCCGCAGAAUGCACGCAGUUUUUUUUUUUUUAACCGCUAUAGGGCCAAAAGUGUACAUUUAAAACUACUAAAAAUCUGCCUUUUGCUUUUUAGAAUUUCCUAUUUUGUUUUCAUUUGUAUACUAAUAUAAAUCAUGGUCUUGUACCAUUAAAGGGUUAGUUCAACCGAAAAUGAAAUUUUUGUUAAUUAUAGCCUACUCACUCUCAUGUCGUUCCAAACCAGUAAGACCUUAUCUUUUAUCUCCCAUGGAAAGCAACGAAAUUUCAACAUUCAAGUGAAGAGAAGUAGUAAAGACAUCAUUAAAGUAGUCCACUGUGGACUGUCCACGUGACUACAGCGGUUUAACCUUAAUGUUAUGAGGCGACGAGAAUACUUUUUGUGCAAAAAAAAAAACAACAAAAAAACGACUUUAAUAAUUUCUUGUCAGACUCCUACACAGUUGACGCAUUGUAGCGCUUCAGUGUUUAUGUCCAAAUGCCAGCUUUGAAUUUCAUUUUUCGGUGAACUAACCCUUUAAAUGCUACUU